AUGCGAUGGCUUAGCCGGGCUUCCCGCUUGAUCUAUCCGCCCUCGCGCUCCCUGCUGUCCUUGCCAUUGCGACGGCGGUCGUCGACGUUCAGCUUGCGGCCGUACCAAGAAGCGUGUCUGAGUGCAUGUUUGGAAGCAUUGGGCGUUGGAGUGCGACGUAUCGGCGUUUCCCUUCCGACAGGCGCAGGAAAGACCGCGGUCUUCAUCUCACUGCUCUCGCGACUGGAGGCUACGAAGGCCGACGCGCGGCGCUCGCUUGUCAUAGUGAACAGCGUUGAGCUCGCCCGGCAGACAGCCAGCUUGGCACAGAAGCUGCGCCCAGACUGGUCUGUCGAGAUAGAGCAAGGCGGGAAGUAUAAUGCAUCUGGGAGGGCAGACUUGACCGUCGCGACGUAUCAGACUCUUUUACGCCCACAGAGAUUGGAGAAGUUCGACCCACUGCACCUCCGUGCCGUCGUGGUUGACGAGGCUCAUCACGCUGCUGCACCGUCAUACCGCCGUAUCCUGUCGUACUUUGAUCCUGCUAUCCAGCCUCCGGACGAUUUGAGGGGUAGCCGUGACCCGCCGCCCGGCAAAGGACUCGACAUCCCCAUAUUUGGCUUUUCUGCGACCUUCAGUCGCCAUGACGGACUUGCACUCGGUUCCGUGUUUGAGCAAAUCGUAUACCACCGGGACUUCUUGGAGAUGAUUAAGGAACAAUGGCUGUGCAAUGUGCUCUUCACAACCGUACGCGCUAAUAUAGACCUGAAGAAUGUUACCAUACAUUCCAGGUCGGGCGAUUUCAACGCCAAGAGCCUAUCUCAUGUCAUCAACACGGACACUAUCAACAGACUUGUUGUUCAGUCUUGGAUGGACAAAGCCGCGGAUCGCAAGUCGACCCUUGUCUUUUGCGUCAACUUGGCCCACGUCCGCGAUCUGACGGAUAUGUUCCGCGAGUUCGGUGUGGACGCUCGUUACUUGCAUGCCGGGACGUCGGUGAACGAGCGUAAGGAGCUUGUGAGCGCAUUCAAGCGGGGGGAAUACCCUGUGCUCGUCAACUGCGCCAUCCUCACCGAGGGUGCGGACAUACCCAACAUAGAUUGUGUUCUGGUGGCUCGCCCAACACGUUCUCGCAACGUUUUUGCUCAGAUGAUUGGUCGUGGGAUGCGUCUCUCACCGGAAACUGGCAAAAAGAACUGCCGAAUCAUAGAUUUCGUAGACAUCUUGGACCGCAUGCCCGGUGUCGUCAGCACACCGACACUAUUCGGUCUCGACCCCAGCGAAAUCGUUGACGAUAUCUCUAUCGAAGAUCUUGAAAAACGGGCAGAAAGUCAUAUUGAUGGGGACGUCAUAUCGCCUAGUGAUAAGGCAUUGACUUCCGAAAGCGUACCCGACCCUCAGUCUGUUACUUUCACCGACUACGACAAUCCAUUUGAGCUCAUAAACGGCGCCGCCGGGAUUCCACCGAAUAUCACGAAGCUGAGCCGGAAUGCGUGGGUUGGUUGCGGAGGUGAUAUCUACGUGCUUGAAUGCAUGGGAAGAGGCCAUAUUCGCAUCGAACCUGUGAAGCGCGAAGACGGAAACGGGACUACGGCCGGAAAAGAGACUAUCUACAAGGCUCACUUCACUCCUGCUUUGAAUCUUGCAUUCAAGAUCGCCACCAAAUUCGCUCCGUUCCAGAAGAAGAAGUAUAUACUAGACGCCGAGAGUAUCGCAGAUGCUGUACGGGGGUGCGAUACGUACGCCAAGCAAAAGGUUCUGCCAGGACCCGUUGCGAAAGGGCUAUUACGCAGUGCUCGUUGGCGCCGUGAACCGGCUACGUCCACCCAGAAAGCCUGGAUCUCCAAACGCUGGGGCGUCAAGCCGCUGCCAGAAGAAUCCAACGAGGAGUUCCCAGCCCGUAUCAAGAAUCUGACCAAGGGCGAGGCGAACAACAUCAUCAGCCGUCUCAAGAACGGGGCUCUAACCCGUUACGCUACUAAGAUCAAAGAGCAGAAUAAGGUCUUAGCGAUAGAGUUGAAGGAGCGGAAGCGACUGGCCCGCGAGCAUGUGCGUGUAGGGCCCUUGCCUCAAGCGUCUACUGUGUAG